AAACCACUCCUAUAAGGAAAGACCUCUCUACAGGAAAGAAAACAGAUUAUUUGCAGGGGAUAAACAUUCCCCUUGAUGUGUGAUUUGUCCCACAACAAACAGACCGGUUUGCUUCAACUGGGUGGUUGUUUAGGGCGGGGAAAGCACUGGGGGCAUCUACACUAUGGGGUUAAUACCGGUUUGACACCACUUUCACUACUUGUUCAAUUUCAUGGAAACCUGGAAGUUGUAAUUUUUACAAGACCUUUGCCUUCCUUGGCUGGAUGGAGUUUGUGCACCGCUUUCUCAAUGCAAUGGGAUCCUGGGAUUUGUAGAUUGGCAGAGAAGGCCAGAGACCUUGGGAAACUACAGCUCCCACAACUCCGUAGCAUGAAGCAUGGCAGGGAAAGUACCCUGAGACCGGUAUCUGCACCAUGGAGGAUGGCACACAGGUGGACCUGUUGUGCCAGGGGAACUUCCUGCCACUUGAAUGGGAUUGAAGCCAAUUGGGAAAUGACACAAGGAGAGGUUUGGCUGCAAGCCUGGCCCCAUCCUGCAGCCAGGAGCACCCUUCAGUCAAGGAGGCAAACCCGUUUGUCCGCUCCUGGGGAACUUGCCCUCGGCAGAGGACUCCUUCGGGGAGUUUCACUCCUUCCUGGCCUGGCUGGAGGUGACCCCUUGACCAUAAGUGUAUUGGGAAGUAAAGGCACCCAGGAGCCAUGGAGGCCAGUGGCACCACUUUGGCCCCUACGGACAGCACUGGACAAUGGGACGCCUUUCCCCAGAAGAACCUGGAGGCUGUGGACAUCGCUGUCUUGGUCCUGUACUUCGUCUUCGUCUUGGGCGUUGGGCUUUGGUCCAUGUGGAAGACCAAGCGGAGCACCGUGAAGGGCUACUUCCUAGCUGGAGGAGAGAUGGUCUGGUGGCCGGUGGGAGCUUCCCUGUUUGCCAGCAAUGUGGGCAGUGGGCACUUCAUCGGCUUGGCCGGCUCCGGGGCAGCGUCGGGCAUCGCAGCCACGGCCUACGAGUGGAAUGGCAUGUUCUGUGUCUUGGUGAUGGCCUGGCUGUUCCUUCCUAUCUACAUCGCAGCCGGGGUGACCACCAUGCCGGAGUACUUGCAGCGGCGCUUUGGCGGCAAACGGAUCCAGAUCUUCUUAGCCAUCCUCUACUUGUUUAUCUAUAUAUUCACCAAAAUCUCAGUCGACAUGUACGCGGGGGCCCUGUUCAUCCAGCAGGCCUUGCACUGGGACCUCUAUGUGGCGGUCAUCGGCUUGCUGGUCAUCACGGCUAUUUACACCGUGGCAGGUGGUCUGGCGGCGGUCAUCUAUACAGACACCCUGCAGACGGUCAUCAUGCUGGCCGGAGCACUGACCCUCAUGGGAUUCAGUUUUGCCAAAGUCGGAGGGCUGGAUGACUUGCAGAAGCGGUACUUCCAGGCGAUCACUACUAACCGGGACAAGAACAGCACUUGCGGGCUGCCCAGGGAGGACUCCUUCCACAUUUUCCGGGACCCGGUGACCUCCGACCUUCCCUGGCCAGGGGUCCUGGUGGGGAUGACCAUCCCUUCCCUGUGGUACUGGUGCACGGACCAGGUCAUUGUGCAGAGGUCCCUGGCGGCCAAGAGCCUGCCCCACGCCAAAGGGGGGGCUCUCUUGGCCUCCUACCUGAAGAUCCUGCCGCUCUUCAUGAUGGUCUUCCCUGGCAUGAUCAGCCGCAUCCUCUUCCCAGAUCUGGUUGCCUGCGCCGAUCCGGAAAUCUGCCGACGCAUCUGCAACAACCCUGCCGGCUGCUCCGACAUCGCCUAUCCCAAGCUGGUCAUUGAGCUCCUGCCGAUCGGGCUGCGGGGGCUGAUGAUGUCGGUGAUGGUGGCCGCCCUGAUGUCCUCCUUGACCUCCAUCUUCAACAGCGCCAGCACCAUCUUCACCAUGGACCUCUGGCGCCACUUCCGGCCUCUCUCCUCCGAAUGGGAGCUCAUGGUCGUUGGCAGGGUGUUUGUGCUGCUGCUGGUGGCCAUCUCCAUCCUGUGGAUCCCGCUGGUACAGGCCAGCCAAGGCGGACAGCUCUUCAUCUACAUCCAGACCAUCAGCUCUUACUUGCAACCUCCAGUUGCCGUGGUCUUCAUCCUGGGCUGCUUCUGGAAGCGGACCAAUGAAAAAGGCGCCUUCUGUGGCCUGACGGUGGGCAUGGUCAUGGGGGUCAUCCGAAUGGUCCUGGACUUUGUCUUCCUGCCUCCACAAUGCGGGGAGCCAGACCAGCGUCCAGCGGUGGUCAAAGACGUCCACUACCUCUACUUCUCCAUGAUCCUGAGCCUGGUCUCGCUGCUGGUGGUGGUGGCUGUCAGCCUCUGGACGGAGCCCCCGCCCCAGGAAAGGAUCAGCCGCCUGACCUGGUUCACCCGCAAGGACCUUCCCAGGAAGAAGGACGUCCCCAUUCCAUCCGCAGGCCCCAUUGAGGACAUCCAAGCAACACAUCUCCCUCCUCCCCCUCUUCCUCCAGUCCAGUUUGAGGUCAGCGAUGGUCCGGAAAAGACUGGCAACAAGAGCCGUUGUAAGGGGUCCUCAAGGUUGGUGGCGCUGCUACUGUGGGUCUGUGGGAUGGAGCGGCAGGACGCAGCACCUUCGGGGCCCAAAGUGGAGGUGGCCUUGGCCUCUAAUGAAGAAGAGAAGGAAGCACCGGCUGUCAAGCACAUCCUCAACGUCAACCUGAUCCUGUGCCUCAGCGCCGGGGUCUUCCUUUGGGCCUACUUUGCGUAGGGAAGAAGACUUUAUGGGAUUUUUAGUUCUAUUCGCUAUAGCAGUGAACGCCAAAAGUCAGCUGCAACCUGAACGGAGACAGACCUCUGUUUGGCAAAGUACAUGCUUUGCCUUAAAUCCGCAUCUUGCAUCAAGCUUUGUUUAUUGGUGGAUGAUGGGCUCGGUUUGCAAAUGGGGAUGAUGGGUUAUGUUAUUUCCCAUUAUCCAUUAAAGCAGGCAUGGGCCAACUUCAGCCCUCCAGGUGUUUUGGACUCCAACUCCCACAAUUCCUAACAGCCGGUAGGCUGUUAG